GACCCACACAAUAAAACACAGCACCUCUCUCUCUCUUCUGGAGCCGACUGAUAAUGUCGUGCUUAACAGAACACCACUGUAAAAGCUGCCCCUGAAUCUAUGCUUCGUUUCAUUAUCAUAUAUGCCUCAGAAACCCAACCCCUGUUUUUACUAUUCCAAGCACCUCUCUCUCUCUCUCUCUCUCUCUCUCUCUCUCUCUCUCAAUAUAAACCCCCUCACUCCCAACCUCGCACUCUCACAAGUCACCACAACAAACCCUUCUCAUUUUUCUAUUGAUCCAUCUUCUUCAAUAUCUUUACACCGUCAAACUUGCUUACUCAUUACCCUGAACCCUAAACUUAACCAGAUGCCGUCUGACUCAGGCGACUCGAACAGCAGGAAACCCACCAAGGCGCACAGCAUGGGGGCACCUCCGCCGGAGCAAGAGCACCUGCCGUGUCCUAGGUGCGAGUCCACCAACACUAAGUUCUGCUACUACAACAACUACAACUUCUCUCAGCCGCGUCACUUCUGCAAGUCCUGCCGCCGCUACUGGACCCACGGUGGCACCCUCCGCGACAUCCCCGUCGGCGGCGGUAGCCGCAAGAAUGCUAAGCGGUCUCGGACGUCCUCCAUGGUCUCAACAGCGUCUGAUCACGCCUUGCCCGCCACUCCGGUUUUCGGGCCCGUUUCGGGUGGGCAAGGUGGACUCAGCGGCGGGGCCGUGCAGUUCGGCGGAUGCGGUGGCGGUUUGAAGGGGAAUGUGAGUAAUGGAGGGAGCUUUACUUCUCUGCUCAGUACUCAGCCGGGGUUUUUGGCGCUGGGGGGAUUUGGGCUUGGGCUUGCGACUGGAUUUGAGGAAAUGGGUUUUGGGUUCGGCAGAGCGGUGUGGCCUUUUCCCGGGAUGGGAUCGGACGGUGGUGCCGGAAUCGGAGCUAAUGGCGUGGGGCAUGGGAUGAUGAAUGCCUGGCAGAUUGAGAAUGGGGAGGCCGGUGGGCUUGUUAAUGUUGGUCUUGGUGGUGGUGGAGAGUUCUGUUCUUGGCCAGAGCUGGCAAUAUCUACUCCUGGAAACGGUCUCAAAUGAGGAAGAGCAAGCUCUGGUUUGCCUUGUAAAAUUUAGCUCCUCUUUUUGGGUUUCUUAUGAAAAGUAUGUGCUUGAAUGCUGUUAGGGUUUAAAGUGAAUAGUGUUGAGUCUUUGAGACUAGUUUACCAGUGUAAUUUCAAUCCAUGAAUGAGUACUUUACUAGCUCCA